GCAUCCACCAGUUGUUGAAACAGAUCCCCAAACAACUCAGCAGAAAUUGAAUUGCUGAAGUUUAAUCUCUGAGAAUCCACGUCAAGAAUGGCUUUAGAUCUCAGAUUCUCAUGUCAAGGUGAACCAUCAAGGAAUGAUCCUGGGUCAGAAAAUCUAGAGCUUAAACCCAGCCAAGGAAGUGCCAUCCAGGAACGAGAAGGGGUCUCUGAGUUCCCGAUUACUGAGCUCAGCUUAUUUGUAUUUCCAAAUGGCAGUAACUUAUGUGCAAGGCAAGAACUGCAAAGAAUCUAUAAGUCAUUUCACUCAUGGCUGCAGCCAGAAAAACACAGCAAGGAUGAAAUUAUAUCUCGUUUGGUCCUGGAACAGUUUAUGAUCAAUAGACACAGCAGCGACGCGUCCACAUUGAAGGAGAAAUGGGAGUCAAGUGGCAGAAACCUGGAGAAAUUCAUGGCAGACCUGAGUGAUGAUUACAUGAAGCCCCCCGGUUUAGUCCAUGUCCACAUGCAAGGACAGGAAGCCCUCUUUUCUGAGAAUAUGCCCCUAAGAGAAGUCAUUAUUCACUUCAAGAAACACUUGUUAGCAAGAACCCCAACAGGACCGAACAUGGGGACACCCUCCUGGACUCCCCAAGAUACUUUCCUGGAAACAGGACAAGGAGAUGAAGAUAAAGAAAAUGGUGACAUUUCUUUGGAAAUUUGUCAAGUAAAUGACAGUGUUACUAGUCAAGGCAAUCAAACACCUUCCCUACUCAUUAUCCAGAAAGAGAGCUGUUCUAGGCCUGAAGAGGGAGGUGUUUCUUUGGAGAAUCCACUUAGCUCCAGAAGAGCAAGUCUAGGCACCUCCAGGUCCCAGGAAAGGUCCCUGAAGGGAUCCUCUUAUCAAGGUGUCCUUAUGGAGAUGGGACCAGCAUCUGUCUCCAAGCCAGACCAGGUCACCCCUGAGCCUGUUCCUACUCACCAGAGCAAUGUGGGAAACUCCACGUGUGGGAGGCACCAGGAAAGAUUCCACAGAGCCCAAAAGUCAUACCAGUGUGAGAAGUGUCCCAAGAUCUUUAGGUAUUUCUCUCGAUUAAAAGUCCACCAGAGAAGACAUAAUAACGAGAGGACAUUUAUUUGUGUCGAGUGUGACAAAGGCUUCUUCCAGGCCUCAGACCUACAUGUGCAUCAGAAGAUUCAUGCAGGAGAGAAGCCUUUCAGGUGCAGCACGUGCACAAUGUCCUUCAGCCACAGAACCAACCUCCUGGCUCAUGAGAGAAUCCACACGGGAGAGAAGCCCUAUGUGUGUUCCCUGUGCCAGAGACGCUACCGCCAGUCAUCCACCUACCACCGCCACCUGAGGACGCACCAAAAGAUUGCCUUCAGAAGUGUUUCCCCCACACCAGAAGCUUCCUCGAUGUAAUAUAUAUAAAUGUCUAUGAAAAUGUAUAUUUCCAUAAUACUCCUUUAUGAUUUAUAAUUUCCUGAUUACAUUUUCCAUUUAUUGUCUCCCCCACUAAAAUGAAAGCUAGGGAGGGCAGGGAAUUUCUGAGUUUUGUUCACCAACUAUC